AUGACGGUACAAGUCGUCCUCAACACCCCGCUGGCUGAUGCGCUGAGCGCCGCCAUCCAACCGAAGCUUGUCGAGGCUGGUUGGGCUUCCGACGACGCUGCGCUGGCCGAGUACAUUAUCCUCAUGCUCGUCAACGGUCGCACGCAGGAGCAGAUUGCUCACGAACUCGCGACCGAUCUCCUUGGCCUCGAUCCCGAUGAUCCCGCCUGCACCGAUUUUGCGAGAUGGCUAUUUCAACAAGCAGAGUCACUUGACGCACAGCUGAAUGGCAACCACACACAACAGGGUGGCGAUGCCAUGGCUGGCAUGGGCGACCAGAAUGUCGCGUCCGGCGAGAUGGAUACCGACAUGGGCGCAGGCGAUGCUAAUGAAUUUAACGCUCCUACUGGUCCCCGCUCAAUGCGCAACGGCCCCAACGCCCGUGGAGGCGGACGCGAAAAGCGUAUGCUUGGUCACAUGUCAAAGGCCAUGGACAGAUCAACCGACUCAGUUCUCCACCGGACCCGCGGCAACGACAGAAUCAACUCCCAUGCUCGUGGCCCCCCUACGGGACCGCGAGGCGGCAUGGGACGAGGUGGCCGGAACAUGAACGGACGCGGGGUAAACAUCCAGGCUGGUCUGAACGCGAUGGCGGGAAUGAACGGCCAGCAAGUACCACCGGGCAUGAAUGGCAUGAACGGUGCCUGGGGAAUGCCUCCUGGUAUGCCCGGACAGCAGCCUACCCAGAUGGAUCUCAUGGCGAUGAUGGAGCAACAAGCACAGAUGAUGAGCCAGCUUCAACAACAACUCAUGAACCAGUCUGGCGGCCGUGGCGGACGUCGUGAUCGUGGCGGAAAGUCCCUGUUCGACCGGACCCAGAAUCGCAACAACUUCAGGAACCGUCAAGGCAACGAUAAGUCAGAGUCGGGAAUGGCAGAGGGAGGGGCCGAGGGUGAGGAUGUGGAAAUGGGACAAUCGAAACGCGAGCCGCUCAACCCGGAUGAGACGGUGUGCAAGUACAACCUUCACUGCACCAACAGGGAGUGCAAAUUCGCACACCAGUCUCCUGCGGCGCCACCUGGUACCACUGUCGACCUUAAUGAUGUCUGCACCUUUGGCGCUGCAUGCAAGAACCGCAAGUGUGUCGGUCGCCAUCCUUCACCCGCCACGAAACUUGCGCACCAGGGCGAGCAAGACUGCAAAUUCUUCCCCAACUGCACAAACCCAAGGUGUCCUUUCAGGCAUCCCGACAUGCCUCUCUGCCGAAAUGGCGCCGGCUGCACCACUGCGGGUUGCAAAUUUACACAUGUUAAGAUCAAGUGUCGAUUCAACCCUUGCAAGAACCCUCACUGCGUCUACACCCACGACGAAGGACAACAAGGGGUCUUCAAGGACAAGGUCUGGACCGCGGAGGGCAACAGCCAUGUCAGCGACCGUCAGUUCGUAGAUGGCCAGGCUGAGACUGAGGUGAUACUUCCCGAAUCAGAGAACGCCGUCGGCCAAGAGCAAGGCAACGUUCAGGAGGUCAUCAGUUAG